UCUCUCUCUCUCUCUCUCUCCUCGCCGCACUAAUGCUGAUAUUUCUCUCGAGCAUCACCAGCGGAGAGAAAGAGGAGGAGGAGGAGGAGGAAGGAGAGGUUGUGUCAGGUGGAAACGGGGACCUCUAUGGAUAUCAUCAUCACCCUCCACCGGCUCGCAUCCUCAGCACCGACAGCAUCUCCCGGCCGGCGGUCACCGCUGCAGGCACACGGCGCUCUGCUCGCUGUUUCCACGGUAGAGACCGUCAGGACUGCUUCUGUAAUUAUCUGACAAACCGCUUCCUGCUCGAAUAAGGACUAACCGAGGGAAGACCCUGCUGGAAUAAAAGCGGAGCGUCAGUCUCCUCCAUUGAUAAACCGCUCUUCUCAUCGAUUCAGCCCAACGACGUCUUGGUAUACGAGGAGGACAAAACCAAUCAAAACCCUGACAGUGAAGCUGAAGGGCGUCGGGCGCGAUGGCUAAUGCCUCCCCAGACCUGGACAACGCGGAAGCCCAGCGCCAGCUCAACAACAACAACCGACCGAUCGGCUCGGGGUUCUGGGAGACGGAGUGUACCAGCUCCAAGCUGUUUGAGUGCUCCCGCAUCAAGGCCCUGGCAGAUGAACGAGAUGCAGUGCAGAAGAAGACUUUUACAAAGUGGGUUAACUCCCAUCUUUCCAGAGUGUCCUGUCGCAUAUCUGACCUCUACAACGACCUGAGGGAUGGAUACAUGCUCACCAGACUGCUGGAGGUCCUCAGUGGAGAGCUGCUGCCGAGGCCCACACGUGGUCGCAUGCGGAUCCACUGCCUGGAGAACGUCGACAAAGCCCUGCAGUUCCUUAAAGAGCAGAGGGUUCACCUGGAAAAUGUCGGUUCCCAUGACAUUGUGGAUGGAAAUCACCGCCUCACCCUGGGCCUUAUCUGGACCAUCAUCCUACGCUUCCAGAUCCAGGUGAUCAAAAUAGAGACAGAGGACAACCGAGAAACUCGCUCUGCCAAGGAUGCCCUGCUGCUCUGGUGCCAGAUGAAGACCGCAGGGUACUCUGAGGUCAACAUCCAGAAUUUCACCACCUGCUGGAGAGACGGCCUCGCCUUCAAUGCACUCAUACACAGACACAGACCUGACUUGAUAGAGUUCCACAAGCUGACACGGUCCAAUGCAACCCACAACCUCCAGCAAGCCUUUAACAUCGCUGAGCAGCACCUGGGUCUCACCAAACUCCUGGACCCUGAAGAUGUGAACACAGAGAACCCCGAUGAAAAGUCCAUCAUCACUUAUGUGGUCUCCUACUACCACUACUUCUCCAAGAUGAAGGCUCUUAUUGUGGAGGGCAAGAGGGUUGGCAAGGUACUAGACAACUGUAUCGAGGCAGAGAACAUCAUCAACCGCUACGAAGCCCUGGCCUCAGACCUGUUGGACUGGAUAGAGAAGACCAUCGCGGUCAUCAGUAAUCAGAAGUUUGCCAAUUCGCUGACCGGAGUUCAACAGCAGCUGCAGGCCUUCACAACUUACUGCACAAUAGAGAAGCCCAUCAAGUUUCAGGAGAAGGGGAAUCUCGAGGUCCUCCUCUUCACCAUCCAAAGCAAACUCAGAGCCAACAACCAGAAACCCUAUGUGCCUCACGAUGGGAAGCUCAUCUCAGACAUCAACAAGGCCUGGGAGAGGCUGGAGAAGGCGGAGCAUGAGAGAGGCGUGGCUCUGCGCAAGGAGCUGAUUCGUCAGGAGAAGCUGGAGCUGCUGGCUCAGUGCUUUGACCACAAAACCACUAUGAGACAAGCCUGGCUCAAUGAGAACCAGAGGCUUGUAUCACAGGACAAUUUUGGCUAUGACCUACCAGCAGUCGAGGCAGCAAUGAAGAAACACGAGGCUAUCGAGGCGGACAUAGCUUCGUAUGAAGAGCGAAUCGGGGUGGUGGUGGAGCUUGCCUCAGAGAUGGAGUCAGAAGGAUACUACGACAUCCGGCGUAUCUUGGCACGAAAGGAGAACAUCCUGGGCCAGUGGAGUCUGCUGAAGGAGCUGGUGGCUGGGAGGAGGACCCGCCUGGAGAAGAACCUGGCCCUGCAGAAGACAUUUCAGGACAUGGUGUACAUGAUCGACUGGAUGGAGGACAUACAGGUCCAGCUGCUGUCGAAGGACUUUGGGAAGCAUCUUCUGGAGGUGGACGACCUGCUGCAGAAACACAGCCUGCAGGAAGCCGACAUUACAGUGCAGGCUGAGAGAGUGGAGACACUCAACACCGCUGCACUCAAAUUCACCACUAUAGAAGGUUACCAACCAUGUGACCCUCAGGUGAUCUGUAACCGUGUCAACCACGUCUCGUCCUGUCUGGAGGAGCUGAAACAACUGGCAGUUAAAAGACGCUCUGAGCUGGAGGAGUCGAGACAACUUUGGGCUUUCUUCCAGGAGCUGGAGGAGUCGGAAGCCUGGAUCAGGGAGAAGAGCUCCAUCUUGGGCGCUCAGGGUUAUGGGAAGGAUCUGAGCAGUGUGCUGAAGUUACUACAGAAACACAAAACUCUGGCUGGAGAACUGCUGGCUCACCGGUCGCUGCUGCAGAACACCAUGAAACGAGGAAAGCAGAUCCUCAGUGAGAAGAGCUUUGGCACGGCGGGGAUCCAGGAGCGCAUCAUGGAGGUGAAGAGCGAGUGGAAGAGGCUGGAGGACCAGGCUGCGCAGCGUCUUGGCCACCUGCAGGAGGCGCUCAACUUUUUUCAGUUCUCCACGGAGACGGACGACCUGGUGGCCUGGCUGCAGGAUGCUUACCGGCUGGUCUCCAGUGAAGACUUUGGACAUGAUGAGUAUUCCACCCAGUCUCUGCUGAAGAAACACAGAGGGGUCAGCGAGGCUAUCGACAAACAUCGUCUGCAUGUAGUGGCACUGCGCAAACACAUGGUGGCGCUGCCUCUGCAGUACCGUGAACAGGAGGAGGUGCAGGUGCGUAUGGGAGAGGUGGAGCAGCUGUACACAGAGGUGAUUGAGGUAGCGGUGCUCAGACAGCAGUGGCUUCAUGACGCCCUCGCCGUCUACCGCAUGUUCAGUGAGGUCAAUGCCUGCGAGCUGUGGAUUGAUGAGAAGGAGCAGUGGCUGGACAAGAUGGAGAUCCCUGAGAGGCUGGAGGACGUGGAGGUGGUGGCACACAGGUUUGAGAGUCUGGACCAGGAGAUGAACAGCCUGAUGGGAAGGAUCCUGGACGUUAACCAAAUAGUUCAGCAGCUCCUGGAUGGAGGUCAUCCAUCUUCUACAGAGGUCAGAGGUUGUCAGGAUCACCUCAACUCCAGGUGGAACAGCAUCGUGGAGCUGGUCGAGCAGAAGAAAGAUCAGCUGGACUCGAUGUUACGCCUGCAGAACUACCUGCUGGAGUGUGCCGAGAUCAAGUCCCAGAUCCAGGACAAGAGAAAAGCCAUCGACGCCACUCAGUACAUGGGAAGUGACCUGGGAGGAGUCCUGGCUCUGCAGAGACGCCUGUCCACCAUGGAGGGAGCCCUGUCUGUCCUGGAGCCCAAACUACUCCAUCUACAGGAAGAGGCAGAGCAUCUGGCCACAGCCCACCCGGGUCGGGCCAUGGAGGUUCUCGUGCCGUUUGAUGGCAUCAGCUUGGAGUGGGAGGAGCUGAAACGCACCCUGCAGGGCUGUGAGGACUCGCUGAUGGUGGCCAGCAGGCUGCAGAGCUUCAUACAGGAUUUGGACUCGUUCCUCACCUGGUUGGUCCAGACUCAGACAGCUGCCGCCUCAGACCAGCUGCCCAAUGACCUGGAGGAGGCGGAGAAACUCAUCAACAAACACGCUGCUCUAAAGGAGGAGAUUGGACGGUACGAAGAGGACUACGAACGCCUGCAGGCCAUGAACGAGCUGCUGGAGUCCGAGGAGGCUCCUCUCCCUCAGGCUGCCCUACAGCAGUGGCUGCAGAAGCUCGACGUCGGCUGGAACAAACUGCUGGAAAUGUGGGAGAGCAGGAGAGAGGUUCUGGUCCAGGCUCACAUUUUCCAUCUGUUCCUGCGAGAUGUCAAACAGGCUGAGUCCUUCCUCAACAACCAGGAGUCGGCCCUCGCUCACGUGGAGCUGCCCACCACGGUGGAAACAGUCGAAGCCGCCAUAAAGAAACACAAAGACUUCACUACCACCAUGGAGCUGAACCUGCACAGGAUCAAAGCUGUGAUCGAGGCUGGAGAGAGUCUGAUCAGCCAGAGCAACAUCUACUCUGAACGCAUCAGGGAACGUAUUGACACCCUCGCCAACAGGGGAAACCAGAACCGAGAGCUCGCCCAGCAGUGGCUGGAAAAAUUGAAUGACCAGUGGGAACUUCAGAGGUUUCUUCAGGACUGCCAUGAGCUGGGGGACUGGGUGUGUGAGAAGAUGCUGAUGGCGAGGGACAGCAGCCGAGACGAGACCCAGAAGCUUCAUAAGAAAUGGCUGAAGCACCAGGCCUUCAUGGCCGAGUUGGCCCAGAAUAAGGAAUGGCUGGACAAAAUUGAAAAGGAGGGCCAGCAGCUGAUCCAGGAGAAGCCGGAGCUCAGCCAAGUGGUCCGGAAGAAGUUAGAGGAGAUCAGGGAGUGCUGGCAGGAUCUGGAGAGCACCACCCAGGCCAAAGCCCGCCAGCUCUUUGAGGCCAACAAGGCAGACCUCCUGGUGCAGAGCUACGAAAGUCUGGACCAGAGACUGGGCCAGCUAGAGGGUCAACUGGUCUAUGUGGACCAGGGACAGGACCUCACCACUGUCAACAAGCAGCUGAAAAAACUACAGACCAUGGAGACCCAGAUGGAGGAGUGGUAUCAUGAGGUGGGGCAGCUCCAGGUGCAGGUGUCCACAAUCCCGCAGCAGACGCAGAUCAAGGAGACGGUUGCCGGGCGUCAGGCUGCCGUAGAGGCCAGGAUGGUGCGUCUGAUUGAGCCGCUGAAGGAGAGACGACGCAUCCUGCUGGCGUCCAAAGAAGUGCACCAAGUUGGACGAGACCUGGAGGAUGAGAUCUUGUGGAUCCAGGAGCGCCUCCCGAUGGCCAUGUCUCAGGAGCACGGCUCCACUCUGCAGGCGGUCCAGCAGCUCAUGAAGAAAAACCAGACACUUCAGAGAGAGCUGCAGGGCCACCAGAGCAGAAUCGAGGACGUCCUGGAGAGGGCGGGGAUCAUCGCAUCCAUCCGAAGCCCCGAGGCAAUCUGUGUCAGGGCGGGCCAUGACCAGUUGGCCCAGCUGUGGAGUCUGCUCUGGACCGAGACCGAGAGGAGGCAGCUGGUUCUGGACGCCAUGUACCAGGCCCAGCAGUACUACUUCGACACAGCCGAGGUGGAGGCCUGGCUGAGCGAACAAGAACUGCACAUGAUGAACGAGGAGAAGGGGAAGGAUGAGCCAAGCACACUGCAGCUGCUGAAGAAACACUUGGUCCUGGAACAAACCAUCGAGGACUACGCAGAGACCAUCGGCCUGCUGUCACAGCAGUGUCGACAGCUGCUGGAGAUGGGGCAUCCAGACUGCGAGCAGAUCAGCAAGCGCCAGUCGCAGAUCGAUCGUCUGUACGUGUCUCUGAAGGACCUGGUGGAGGAGAGGAAGAGCCGACUGGAGCAGCAGUACUGGCUCUACCAGCUCAACAGGGAGGUCGACGAGCUGGAGCAGUGGAUUGCUCAGAGGGAGGUGGUCGCCAGCUCGCCCGAACUGGGUCAAGACUUUGAGCAUGUCACUGUCCUGCAGGAGAAGUUUACAGAGUUUGCGUCAGAGACAGGCAGCGUGGGACAGGAGCGAGUGACGGCCGUCAACCAAAUGGUGGACGAGCUCAUCGACUACGGCCACUCAGAGGCCGCCACCAUCGCUGAAUGGAAGGAUGGAGUGAACGAGGCCUGGGCCGACCUGCUGGAGCUCAUGGAGACUCGGGCGCAGAUGCUCGCCGCCUCACAUCAGCUUCAUAAGUUCUUCUCUGACUGCAGAGAGGUUUUGACCCAGAUUGAGGACAAACAUCGAAGGCUGCCAGAAGUUCGGGCUCGACAGGGCAGCACUGCCAACACCACCACGCUACAGAGACUCCUGCACAGCUUCGAACAGGACAUACAGCUGCUGGUCACACAAGUGCGUCAGCUGCAGGAGAGUGCUGCUCAGCUGAGGACGGUGUAUGCCGGCGAGAAGGCAGAAGCCAUCGCGUGCCGCGAGCAUGAGGUGAUGCAGUACUGGAAAGAGCUGCUGACGUCCUGCGAGGAGUGUCGACUACAGAUUACCACUGAGACAGACAAGCUGAGGUUCUUCGGCAUGGUCCGAGAUCAGAUCAUGUGGAUGGACUCUAUCAUCUGUCAGAUAGGGACAGGAGAGAAGCCCAGGGACGUGUCCUCAGUUGAGGUGCUGAUGAAUUAUCACCAGAGUCUGAAGAGCGAAGUGGAGGCUCGCAGCCGGAGCACUGUGGAGUGUAUCGAGAUGGGCAAAACACUGCUGGCUGCUAGAAACCCAGCGUCUGAAGAGAUCAAGGAUAAACUGGAAAAAGUGAUUACUAAGCAACAUGAGCUGUCUGAGAAGUGGGACAAGCACUGGGAAGUCCUACAACAAUUGUUGGAGGUUCAUCAGUUUGCACAGGAGGCGGUCGUGGCGGAGGCGUGGCUGACCGCUCAGGAGCCGUUCAUCAACAGCAAGGAGCUGGGCGGGAGUGUGGACGAGGUGGAACAGCUGAUUCGUCGACACGAAGCCUUCCGCAAAGCCGCUGCAACCUGGGAAGAGAGAUUCAGCUCAUUGCGACGACUCACCACGGUAGAAAAGUUGAAAGCAGAGCAAAGUAAACUACCCCCGACCCCUCUGCUGGGUCGUAAAGUCUUCCUGGACCCCCAAGAUGCCACACCCAAUCCAUCCAUCCUUCCCCGCCUCCCAAUCUCCCCCGUCACAAGACAGACCAUCUACGAACAGAAUGAAGCCAGCUCUCCUCCAUCACCUUCACCUGCCACGCCUACACCCUCCCCUUCGUCUGUGGCUCGUCGUCUGGGAUCGACUGUCGCUAACUACACCCCUGUGAUGAACGGCUCCAGCUACCGCCACACCCUGGAGGCUCGGCACAGUCCUGUAGUGGGUGUGGCUGCAGGACUAGGCCAGCCCUCGCCGUCCUCGAUUGCCUCAAUUGCCACGGCAGCCAUGCUCAUCUCAGCCAACCAAGCGCGAGAGAGCGCCAGCGCAACGAAAGAGCAAGCGGUAAAGGCAAUGAGUCACCUCCAGCCUGUACAGGCGGCGAGGACACUGGAGGCGAAGGCCUCCCCGUAUCUACGACAACCAAAAAUCAAACACUUGGAUGAUGCGGUGACGCCGCUGCUCGUGGCCAGCAGGUUGGAGAAGGCGAGGGAGAGGGAGAGGCUGAGGGAGAGAGAGUUGAUGAUGGGUGAGAUCGGGACAGAGAGAGCAGAGGUGGCUGUGAUGGCCGAGGUGGUGCUCCAGGAGCCGGGCCGGGAGCGCCUGCACAGCGAGCCCACCAGAGGGCCACGAGGAUCUAGGACCGACCCUUUAGGCCACGCUGAACCACAGGGCCAGACCCACCACAGGGACCACAGGAUAGAAAGGCAGCUGUCCAGCGAGCAGCUGAUCCAGGCACGCAGGGAUGAGCUGCCUCAGGAGGUGUGGAGGGAACAUGCCGAGAGGAGGGAGAGACGAACGCUGGAGAGGCAAACGUCCAGCGAGCAGGAGGGCCAUGGGGGCCACGGGGGCCACGAGGGCCGACGAAGAGAGAGGGACCGACAUCGGAUGGAGAGACAGGAAUCCAGUGAGCACGACACCGGAAAGGAGCACUCUGACAGACGCUCAGCAGGAGGAGAAAAAAGAUCCACUCUGGCAGAAAUUGUAGAGCAGCUGCAAGAAAGAGAAGCGGCACAGGCUCGUGGUGAGGUUCCCCGUCUGCCUAACGGGAUACCAGAGAAGUCUUCCCGUCCCGACAGGCCUCGAGCUCGGGACAGACCCAAACCGCGGCGCCGACCGCGACCCAAAGAGGCAGGAGAGGCGACGACGCGGCGGUCCAGGUCCGCUCCAGCUCAGAGCAGCCCUGUGGUGCCCCAGCCGCCAACACACACCGCACACCACGAGGGCUUCCUUUUCCGCAAGCUGGACAUCGAGAGCCUGAAGAAGAGCACCAACAGUCAGAACACAGAAAUCACAGAGCCCAACAAUCGCAGGUCAUGGGUCAACCUGUACUGCGUGCUGAACAAAGGGGAGAUGGGUUUCUACAAGGACGCCAAGAACACCACCACGCCCUACAACAAUGAGCCUCUGCUCAACCUGUCCCACUGCCACUGCGACGUCACCAACGGCUACAAGAAGAAGAAGAACGUCUUCACGCUCAAAACGAAGGACGGCAGCGAGUUUUUGUUUCAUGCAAAAGAUGAGGAUGACCUCAAAGCGUGGGUGACCAACAUCACCGCCAGUAUUUCGGAGCACGAGGAGAUUGCCAAAUGGGGUCAGCCCCAACCAACUACCUCAUCCACCGACGAGGGCACACGCCGCGACGGCAGCAAGGGGGACAACAGGUCAGAUCGAGGUGGCGAGCGCUCGGACCGGGCCGAGCGGAUCGAAAGGGCGGAUAAAGAGAAGGAGAAGGAGAGGGAGAGAGAGAAGGAGAAGGAGAGGGAGAGAGGAGAACGGUCGGAGAGGUCAGAUCGAGGUGGGAAGUCGGAUGCAAAGCGCUCUGAAAAGUCUGGUAAGAAAAAGUGACCGGGGUGACGGAUUGGUCGCAUUGAAGCAUAUGAACUCCGGGUAGGAGGCGGGGCCAUAGACUGGUAGUGAACGCCCCCCUCCUUCUCUCCGCCUCCAACACUGUCAACAAAGCGGUUGUGUUUGGAUGGAAAGUGACACACAGGACAGAAGGAUUGACCCAGGCUCACUCAUAGGACGGACAGGACGGAUUUGGAGCAGGAGACAUCUUUCUCUUUCUCUCUCUCUCUUCUUCUGUGUCUCUGCGAGAAGACACAGCGUCCAGCCCCUGGUGGCUGUUUCAGAGAACUGCAGAGAGAGAGUUUCGUGCUGCUGAACCCCGGGCAGCGUUAACGCAAGAGAGAGACGGGACACGCUGCUGACAUGCUGGUAGUGCGAUAAAACGUAGCUCAUUCUGUUCCAUGUUUGUUUUUUCUAUGAGAUGAGCUGUAUCUGUACGUAUUUCUCGUCUGUCUGUCCUAUCUACUGUAUCUAUCUGUCUGUCUGUAAGUCCAAGACAUCCUACGCUAUGUCUUAUUACUCCUCGGAAAAAUGGAAAGAGAAUGAAAUUAUGCCAAAAUGUUUUACAGACAUACAAACUUAGAGAAACUUUCUUUUUGUUAACUGUUUUCUCCACUUUGUCCGAUCUAUCUCGAGGUCUGGCCUUGAAAAAAAUGUGGAUUUGAAACUGGUUUUACUUUGAUACAGCGCUGAAACCACAUUCAUCCACACUCACCAUGGAUGAACCAACACUGACAAACACCUACAGUAGUGUGCUGAUUGUAGGAACACGAUGAUUUAAGACAAGAGAAGAGUAGAUGGCCGACCAGGGUGAUGCACCUCAAAUCAUUGGUCAGAAAUUAAUAGAAACACAUCCACAGACUUCAAAUCUUAAGAGAGGCCUCGACCCUGAAAUCUGCCCUCAAAGAACAAACGGAGCAGCUUCGCUUUGUUUAUAUGAGAUUUAUUUACAAGAUGUAGCAUAAAGACUACAGGACGGCGUGGUCGCUGCAGCCACUUGGGCUCCCAAAUUUAAUGUAUAGAAAUAAAUGUACAGUUUUUUGGAUUAGUGAUCAGAAAGAUGAAAACAUUUCACUUGAUCUGAUGGUUUACUCUGGUUCCCAGGGGCCUCAUUCGUUAAAAUGUUGUUUAAUUUAAAACAGAUAAAACAGCAAAAAAAUGUAUUUACGUUUUGAUAUCUCAAAGUAAAUAUAUGAAAUGAGAUUUUAGCGUUAGUUUUACAUAAAUUUCAUGUUUGGCUUUGGUCAUAAGCACAAAAUCUGCGCCUCCAUGUUUCUAAUGUUUUUAACGAAUGAGGCCCUCAUCUACUCUUUUAUUCUCUUACAUCAAACUACUCGCUGGAUUUUCUCACAUCUGUUUCUUUUAUACAAAAUUCAAAAUAUCUUGUGUGUAUGUGUGUGUGUGUGUGCGUGUGUGUGUGUGUAUGGUUGUGUGUGUGCUGCUACUCUCCGCUCCCAGGGUCUCCAUAGCUCUCAGGUUAUUUAUGUUAGUGUGUGCUUAACAUGUGCUUCACGUGCUUCACGUGUUAAUAUGUUUGUCCCCUCAGACGCCACCUCAGUCUUCCAGACAUGUCCGAUCCACGAUACAGACCUACACACACACACACUCACACACACAGAAGAAUACAAGUCAGCAGGUUUCAAAUGUUCCAGAGUAUAAACGGUCAUCGAACUGUCCAGGUCAUCAGUGUAGAAUGAAGACACGUAUGAAUGACUGGCACGCUGUGAAGAGGCAGGAUAUCAGACUGACCAAAUAUUUAGAAAACGAGGGGUUAAACUGUCUGUAAGUUGUGAGAUUGCAUGUUUUGCUUGGAGAGAAAUCACUCGUCACAAGAAGCUCGUCUUUGCAGCCCCCUGACUCGGCAUCAACACAUCAGUUUAUGUUACAUUUCCUGUAAACUCACCACGAAGCCAUAAACGACAGGGAAACAAGGACAACAAAGAAGGAAGGAAGGAAGGAGGGAAGGAGGGAAGGAAGGGGAGAAACGUCUAAUAAAAAUGCAGCGGAGGGAUUUUGAGAAGCGCCCACUGCAGAGGCACAGAGUAAAGUUACUUUCCUGCCCUGGUCGGAGCAUCCUGGUCAGGUUUGGUUCAGAGAGCAUUUAAAAUCCUUUCAAAGAGAAACGCUGUCUUGAUAUCACUGCUACUGUAUGAAAACCUUUGAUCAUUUCAGUUCUGGUGUUUUGGAUCCUUUCAGUUAAAGUCCAGCUGAAAUUGCUGCUACACUUUGCAUGUCCGCUCUUUCAUCAAUGAAAUCGCUUCAACCACGUCACUGUUCCAUAAAGGUGGACAGCCUCCACUGACUAACAGCAACACAACACAAACUGAACUACAACCCAGAACCCUGCAGUGCUGUCUCAUCCACUGUGUGCUGAUCUUUAACAGAGGUCAUGACAUUUGCAAAACCAACCAGUUAUUCUUCAUCCAAAAAUCACGUCUUUGUGUCACUUUUCCAAUGAGGUUUUUCUAGUUGCUCAUUACUGCCCCCUGAGACCAGAGGGAUGUUUUCCCCAAAAGACACAAGGGGCAACAAUAAGCUACAAAAACAAACUUCGACAAGAGACACAAAGGUGAGAUUUAUAUUAUAUCAGAAGUGUUUUCAAACUGUGUUUUUCAGUUGGUUGAUGAUCAUCAUUAGUUGGUUUGGUUAACCUCCUCACCUCCGCUGAAGAGCAUCGCUCAGCCUCUUCUUUGAGCUUCUCUAUGAGGUCUUCUGGGACUCUCAUGUAGUGGAUGAGACGGUCCCGGUGGGGCUGUUGUGGUCCUUACUCUUCAAUAACACUGCUAACAAAACACAGUCUGCCCACGACUCAUAGGCGACAGGAUACGUUUGUUUAUGUCGUCUCUCGUUCUCCUGCUGCCCUUACCGGAGCUAAACCUGCCAGCUACUGUCAAUCAAACACAGACACAACGGUCCAGGAGCAACUUUGUUCUUUCUUUUAAUAAAGGAACAAAACUACGAACAAUAAAUCAUAAAACUACAAGAAGGGGUGACUAAAUGUGAUUUCAGUUGGACUUUAAACAUUAAAGUCUUCCUCUCUGAGCAGGCAGUUUCCAUGGCUGUAGGUCCCAACACUCCCAUUCAGAGUUUGUUUUAUAUUUCAGACGUUUAUAUUUGCCAGGUUCAUCAUUUUCUCUGUUUCUUAAAGGUGUAAUAUUGAAGUUAUGACAGUAUUAUUAUAUCUGGCUGUUUUUGUUUUUUAUUCACUUUAGGAUUUUAAAUUCUGUCCCGACCCGUCCGGUCUGGUUUGUGUUGAUCAUAAAACACGUCUUGAGAACUGUAACUUUCUUUAAUCUUGUUUUUAUUUCAACACACUUAUGCAUCUAAAUUAGGUGUGAAUGCCAGAUCAAUGCAAUCAUUUACAUGCAUGUUGGACACAACAAACAAAGUCAGAGUUAAAGAGGUGAAUUUUGAAUGAGCAAAUCUUCCACGUGUAAAGUGACACAGUACAGUUGUCUGCUGUCGGAUUAUGACUCUAAAAUCAUAAUAAACUGACACACUUUGUUACUGUAGAUACACACAGGACAGAGCAUGCAGGGUACAGCUGACUCCCCACAGAUAACAUACAAAAAAUAUGUUAUUUGAACCAAUUUACACUGUUGACUGCAGAAACAUCAUGUGUGAAAGUCAGCACGGUUAACAUCGGAGUCUGAAACAAAUGUUCAGAUUUGAUUGAACAGUCUGAACAUUGCUGGUUUGGAUGAGCUCGUAGGUACCCUGCCUGUCUGUGUGUGUCUGUGCUGUUCUGUUCACAUCCACCUCAGCCUGUCGGGCCGAGAUGAAAUGACAAAUAAAAUACCUUUUGGUUUAUCAUUAA